AUGAACUUUGCUCGAAUAAGACACCUUUCUUCGCAGAUAAACCGCAAGACAGUAUCCAUUGUUGGAUCCGGCCCUUCUGGGUUUUACACGGCGUACCAUUUACUUAAGAAAUCGCCAAUUCCAUUAAAUGUUACGAUAUGGGAAAAACUGCCUAUUCCUUUUGGUUUAAGUAGAUAUGGUGUAGCACCCGAUCAUCCAGAAGUGAAAAAUUGUGAAGAAACGUUUACGACAUGUGCAGAAGAGUUUUCUCUGCCCACAAAUAAAAAGCAUAAAUUUUCCUUUGUUGGCGGUGUGACUAUUGGAAAAGAAAUACUGUUAAAGACCCUGCUGGAUGAACAAGAUGCAGUUGUUUUAAGUUAUGGCUGUACAGGAGAUAGAAAGCUGAAUAUUCCUGGCGAACAAGGAACAAAGGGAGUUUUCAGUAGCAGAGAAUUUGUUAAUUGGUACAAUGGUCAUCCCGAUUUCGCACAGGACGAGAGAUUUACUGAUUUUAAUUGGGGCAAAGUCUCGAAGGUUGGUAUUAUAGGGAAUGGUAAUGUCGCUCUUGAUAUUACUCGUGUGUUAAUCUCUAGCCAAAUUGAUGAAAUAUGGAAAGCUACUGACAUCUCACCUCUUGCACUAAAGUUGGUGAGAAAAGCGCCUGUGAAGGAUGUCAGGCUCAUUGCAAGAAGAGAUUUCGUUCAUUCUAGGUUUACCAACAAAGAAUUACGAGAACUUUGGGAACUAGAAAAGUUCGGUAUCCGUGGUAGCAUAGGUUCUAAAUUUUUCCAAAAAGAGAUGUUCGACCCGUCUAAAUACGAUCGUGCGUUCAAUAGACGAGUAGAAAUGUGUAGCGAAUAUCUUAAACCAUUUGAUGAGCGCUCAAAGAAAAAUUAUAAAAAAACACCUCCCCCAAGUACCGGGUAUGAAAAGUUCUGGGAGCUGGAUUAUUUAAAGACUCCCUUGGAGAUAAAUCGAGACGGGGCUGGCGCAAUCAAGUCGUUAACACUAUGUAACAAUCAAAUACAUGAAGAUAACAGUUUGCAGCCUUUAAAGAAUUCAAGCAAUAUAUUGAUAUAUGAUAUGGACUUGCUGAUCACGUCAUUAGGAUAUGCAGGUAUUCCCUUGCCCGAAUUUUCCAAUCUGUCUAUCGGAUUUGAUAGAGAUCAUGUAGCUAAUAAACAGGGUCGUGUUUUAACUACCGAUGGAGAGGUAUUUCCACAUUUGUACGCGUCGGGUUGGAUUCGCAAGGGCAGUCAGGGUGUUAUCGCCUCAACAAUGCAAGACGCUUUUGAAGUUGGUGAUAGGAUAAUGCAAGAUUUAACGGUCAGCGGGGCAUUGUCUUCUGAGAAGUCCAUUGAUCUUUCUAACAUUCGGCACAGCACAUGGGAGGACUGGGAAAGAAUUAACAAGAAGGAGGUGCUUCGGGGCCGAAAGGAGCAUAAACCCCGAUCCAAGUUCUUAACACUCGAAGAAUUAUGGAGUAAUAUAGAAGACGUGUAG